AGACAUCACCUCCCAAUCUCAUCGAUUCGCCUGAUUUUCUAUCCUGUUCAAUAAAAAAUGGGUAUGGCAAUAUCUAGGAUGGUGAAGAUGCUGUUUGCAAGGAAAGAAAUGAGAAUACUAAUGGUGGGUCUUGAUGCUGCUGGUAAAACCACCAUCCUCUACAAGCUCAAACUUGGAGAGGUUGUCACUACCAUACCCACAAUUGGGUUCAAUGUGGAAACUGUGGAAUACAAAAAUGUAAGCUUCACUGUCUGGGAUGUAGGAGGACAAGACAAGAUUCGACCACUUUGGAGACACUAUUUUCAGAACACUCAAGGUCUUAUCUUUGUGGUGGAUAGCAAUGACAGAGACAGAGUUUCAGAAGCUAAAGACGAGCUCCAUCGAAUGCUAAGUGAGGAUGAGCUCACCAAUGCAACACUGCUUGUAUUUGCCAACAAGCAAGAUCUUCCAAAUGCCAUGAGUGUUUCUGAAAUCACUGAUAAGCUUGGUCUGCAUUCACUCCGCCAGCGCCGCUGGUACAUUCAGGCUGCUUGUGCCCCGUCUGGGCAAGGACUUUACGAGGGUCUUGAUUGGUUAUCCAGCAACAUCUCAGGCAAAACAUGAUAAGCUGCACGCUUCUGAGGCCAGUAUUUGAUUAUAAGAUUAAUCGGAUCACGAGGAUUUGUUUUGUGCUACGUAGAUUUGGGCCUACCCCGGAGACGACCACGCAACAUAAAGCUGCAAAAAAUGCAUACAAUAUUUGCAUUGAUCAAAGCUUAUUGAUGGGAACAACCAACCUCAUCCCAGAUUCCUGCUCAGACGGAUUCCAAAAUACAAACAUAAGAACCAAGAAGUCCCCUGUUGAGUAAAUAUUGUGGAUGAACAUAUUUAUGUUUCGAUAAAUUUCCAAACUGAUAUAAUUACUUUCCCAUUUACUUUCCUCC